AUGGUAGAGAGCGUUCAAAAUAUUCCGGCAGGCGAGUUAGUGUCUGAUUACGAGGUGAUCCUGCCGUGGACCGUCAUCGAUACCUGCUGCACCCUCAAGCCACACGGAUCUUCCUGUUUCGUGUCCGUCAACAAGCAGACCAACACCAGCAAUCAGUUGUUCGUUUCCAAACUCGAAGAUAAUUCCAUCAAAAUUAGGAUCAGCGUGAUAAAUUUGAGUGAAGAAUCCAGCACUGCUACUGAUUCAAAAUCUAGCAAUGAUAAAGAUGGAGAAGAAGCAUUGGAUAAAAAGGUGGAAUUAGCUGAAACAGUCGUUGGUGAUGACGACGACAAAGAUGUGAAAGAAAGCAAAGAGGGGCUUGCAUCCGAAUCCCAGAAUGAUGUCAUUUCAGGAGAGCAAGACCAGUCGAUGGAGGCAUGUUUCAAUGAGGGGUUAUCCACAGUUAUAAUUGUUAAAAAAGUAUCUCCAAAUAAAAGUCAGAUUUCUGAGGACGUUAGGCAAGCCAGCGAACAAUCUUACAAAGAGCAAGGUGUCAAUCAUAAUUCAACAAAACAUUCACCUGCUCAGAGGUUCAAAGAGAUGGAAAACCACGAUGAUGAUGAAAACUAUUCUCAAUCAAACGACAAAAAAAAAGUCAGAAAAUCAUUUCUUAAUAAUGAUACCAACAAGAGCUGCAAUACAAAAAGUGACAAUAAAGAUUCAGUGACAUGUGAAUUGUGCUUCCAGUCAUAUGAAUCGUAUGCCCACCUCAUAAGGCAUGUCAGAAAGCAACAUAGAGAUUGCACAUUUGUAAGGAACUACCUGGAAGAGAUCACCCCUUUGCUGGUCACUCCAUGUCCAGUCUGCAAGAAACAGUUUACAGCGAAAUCGAGUCUCGAUGCACAUAUCAAGGUCAGUCAUGGCGGUCAGUUUGCCAGCGUGCCCAAAUUACCUCUGCCCUCCAUGUUAACUUCCUUAUCACCAGCAAGUAACAGAGAUCAUCAGAGGUUGACAUAUGCAGGUAGGAAGAAUGUGAAGAAAGUUAAGAAUGGUAGCAGUAGCAGUAAUAACAACAGCAUCUUGGAUAAGAAUCCUUCUUACUCUAGCUAUCCAGGCAGCAGCAACAGAUCAUCAUUGUACUCGGCAGAAGAUAGUGAUGACAGCGAAGAUGAAUCAAGUGACGAUGAUGGAAAAGAUAAAUCGAAAGUAAAAUGUGAUGUGUGUCAUGAGUCAUUUGACUCGAGGCAGCAGGCGAUCAAACAUCAGGAUCAGGUGCACCGACCCCAGCCCAACAAACUGUCAAAGGAUAACUCGGGAGCCCAGAGAAGUAAAGAGGAGUUAUUCAACUGCCACUACUGCAGUAAGAAGUUCAGAAGUAAAGAACUCGUUCUCAAGCACUGCCUAUCCACUCAUUUCAGAUCUCUAGAAAAUUCUGUCAAGAAAAAAAAUUCAAAAUUGAAUGAUGAAGAUAAUGAUGAGCAUAGUGAUGAUGACAAUAGCGAAGAAGAUGAUGAUGAUGAUAACGAAGAUGAUGAUGAAACAUUCGGCGUUAAAAGUAAAAAGGCUAAAAGGCAGCAGAGAGUUAGGAGAAAAUCUGAUAGGGCCAACUCGAAAGCAAACAAAUCCAACAAUUCUCUGGCCGACAUGAACAACUCGAGCACAUCCCUGAAUAACUCAAGCAACACUAAUUCGUCCCCAACGGGUGGGGGAGGGUUCGCCUGUGACAUGUGUGGCGUCGAAUUCAAUAGGAUGACACUGCUAGUUACGCACGCGAGGUACUGCAGGCAGAAGAUUCCACAGAUUAAAACUUAUGCCAAGCGCUGAACUAUCGAUAGUUUUGUUUGUUUUUAUUCGUUAACUGGUUGGUUAAACAAUUAUUGAUUGAUUGAUUGGUGUUUUGACUGAUUGCUUGGUCGAUUGAUUGGUUGGUCGAUUGACUAACUGGCCUAUUAGUGUAGUGUCAAAACAUUUAAUCUCAUCAUAAUGAUAGAUUGAGACCAUAUCAGAUUUUAAAAACUCAUGAAAGUACAUAUGAAUAUGCGUGUAUGUAAAUAUAAAAUAUAUAUAUAUAUAUAUACGUGUGUGUUUGUGCGUGUGUGUGUGUUUGUUCCCGUAUUCAAUUUUAUGAAAUUUGACUAAAUAUGACAGAAACUAGACUUGAAAUGUACGCACUGUACAUUCGAUAUUUGUGUAAACAUUUAGACACACACACACAAACUCACACACAUACAUAUAUCCUUCUUUGUUAGAGUCAUUUAACAUUUAUAUAUAUAUACAAAUACAUAUUUUAAUUUCAUACAAAUACAUAAACAUAUAUAUUUCGUAUGCAUGUAUCUAUAAAAAUUCAACUGUUUGUGUGAGAUUUUUAUGAUAAUUUUCUAUGUAUAUAUAAAAUGUAUGUAUUUGUUGGUUUGUGUGUGUGUGUUUGUGUGUGUUUUUGAUUAAUAAAAUGUGUUGAAUUGUUUCUUUUAUUUAACUUUUUAAUUGUGUUUAUGAUUUCGUUUGCGAAUUAUAUUAUUCUAAUUUUCAUUGUUGUUGCUAGUAACGUUGUUAGUUUCUUAUUGAAAUAAUAAUACCAUGUAAACGAAUGAUGCGUGUGUUUGUGUGUAUGUGUGUUUGUUUGUGUGUGUGCGUGUAUGUGUGUAUAUAUUUUUAUUUGUGAAAAUUUGAAUUUUUUCUGGAAAAAAAAGAGUCAAAACGUU